GUCACGUGGCGCCUGUCAUGGCGGCCCCCAUGGCCCGCGGCGGCGUGAGCGCGGGCAUCGUGCUGCGGGCGGCCCGGGGCGCCUGGCGGAGCCGGGACGGGGGCCUCUGGGGGGACGGGGUGGCGGCGGCGACCAGCCGGCAGUUCCGGGUGACAGGCUCACGCCCGGCGGGCGAGGAGGAGGAGGAUGGCGGCCCUGAGCGGCACGGGGACGUGGUGAACGUGGUCUUCAUCGACCGCUCGGGCCAGAGGGUCCCCGUGAGCGGCAGAGUCGGGGACAAUGUGCUUCAUUUGGCCCAGCGCCAUGGGGUGGACCUGGAAGGGGCUUGCGAAGCCUCCCUGGCUUGCUCCACCUGUCACGUGUACGUGAGCGAGAAGCACUUAGACCUUCUGCCACCACCCGAGGAGAGGGAGGACGACAUGCUAGACAUGGCGCCGCUGCUGCAGGAGAACUCGAGACUCGGCUGCCAGGUGGUCCUCACGGCCGAGCUGGAAGGCGCGGAAUUCACACUCCCCAAGAUCACCCGCAAUUUCUACGUGGACGGCCACGUUCCCAAGCCCCACUGAAGCGGGAAAGCCGGGCCUCCCCAAGACUCCUGGCCGGGACUGGAGCCUGGCCCCGGGCUCGGAUCAAUGGACAGAUCCCCCCCCAAGAGGAGUGUCAAGGGCGGCGGGGAGGGGUCGGGGCACCCCACCCAACCCCUCACCCUGAGAUUCGGGGUCCGGAAAAGGGGGCGAAAUGUACCCACAAAGACAAUAAAGCUGCCUCACACGGA